CUCAGGCACGUAUAGUCGCGCUAGGCUUGGAACCAAUGAGGGUGUGCACAGCUAUUAAGGAAGACACGUUUUAGCACCUCCUUCCACCCGCUCCAUUUCUCCGUUCUAAGUUCUGCACUUGCGAAAGGAAUGUAAUUUAUGCUGCAUUUCUGCCUUGAAACACUGUACAAGGUAUGUGGAUACAAUUUCUCACGAUUAUACGUCCUAAAAUCUGUUUCGAGAUCACCUGUAAGCGUUAGCCGUCAGAUUUUGAAUCGAAUGAACUGACGGGAAGUUGAAGGACCAUUGCCAGAGAAGGCAUCGGUACCGGAUUACUUGUGGGACUGACAUCUGCCGCAGGGCAAGUAGAUGCUACCUGGCACAUCGAGAAGAGCUUCCCAAGUCUAAGGACCUGCUGGGUGCCCAAGUUCAUCGAAGAGAGCCACUUUCCAGAGACUGACAAUGUCUUCCAUAGAUCCCUAUCAAUAUAUCAUAGUGGAGCAUCAGUACUCACACAGAUUCAAAGUGACCGUAGUACGAGCAGAGAAUGUCACUAAAGGAGCUCUCGGUGACCUGUUGGAUACUCCAGACCCAUAUGUGGAACUAUUCAUUCCAACCGCCCCUGAGACCAGAAAACGGACACACCACAUAGACAACAACGUGAACCCACAGUGGAAUGAAACAUUCGAGUUCAUACUGGAUCCCAAUCAGGAGAACAUUCUUGAGGUAACAUUAAUGGAUGCAAACUAUGUCAUGGACGAGACUCUCGGGUCCGCGACAUAUCCCAUCUCAAAGAUCAAAGUGGGCCAACCUGAGCUUGUCCCGUUCCGCAUCGGCAAAGUGACUAAGGUGUAUCUAGAGAUGUCCUUGGAGGUUUGCUCCUCCACAGACCUGCGCUUUAGCAUGGCUCUGUGUGAUAAGGAGAAGCUGUUCCGGCAGAAGCGGCGUGACAGGGUGAUGCUCGGGAUCAAGAAGCUCCUGCACAUGGAGAAGGGCCACUUCCUGCCCAGUUCGCUCCGAGAGGUGCCAGUGAUUGCCAUCGUGGGGUCGGGUGGGGGGUUCAGGGCCAUGGUGGGCUUCUCCGGGGUGAUGAAGGCCCUGUACGAGUCUGGGGUGCUCGACUGCGCCACCUAUGUCGCAGGACUCUCUGGGUCUACAUGGUACAUGUCAACGCUGUUCUCGCACCCGGACUUCCCUGCGAAGGGUCCACGAGAGAUCAACCAGGAGCUGAUGAAGAGCGUGAGCAGCAACCCGCUGCGGCUGCUCCUGCCGCAGCACAUUAAGCAGUACAUCAAGUCCCUGUGGAGCAAGAAGGCGGGCGGCCAGCCCGUCACCUUCACCGACAUCUUUGGCAUGCUCAUCGGGGAGACGCUGAUCCCCGGGCGCAUGGACUCCAAGCUGAGUGACAUGCAGGAGAGGGUGAAUGAAGGCCAGAGCCCCAUGCCACUGUUCACCUGUCUCCACGUCAAGCCAGACGUCUCAGAGCUGAUGUUCGCAGACUGGGUGGAGUUCAGCCCAUACGAGAUUGGGAUGGCAAAGUAUGGUACCUUCAUGCCACCUGACCUCUUCGGCAGCAAGUUCUUCAUGGGCAGUGUGGUGAAGAAGUACGAGGAGAACCCCCUGCACUUCCUCAUGGGGGUGUGGGGCAGUGCCUUUUCUAUCCUUUUCAACCGAGUCCUGGGGGUCAAAGAGACCGCGGCCGGAGGGACCAUGGAGGAGGAGCUGGAGCAGAUAAAGCCGGAGCACAUCGUCGGGGAAGACAACCAGGACAACGACGAGGAGCCACGAAAAGCUGGCACAGAGAAUGCGGAGGGGGAGGAGGAGUAUCAGCGCCACGCCCAGGCCAGCUGGGUGCAGCGCACCUUCACCUCCCUGAUCGGGGACUCCACCCUCUUCAACACCCGUGAGGGGCGCGCUGGCAAGGUGCACAACUUCAUGCUGGGCCUCAACCUCAACACCUCCUUGCCCUUCUCGCCAUUUGGGGGCCUCAUGCACCAGACCUCCAUCGAAGAGGAGGUGGAUGCCGUCACAGACCCAGAUGAGUUUGACCGCAUCUAUGAACCCCUGGAUGUGAAAAGCAAAAAGAUCCACGUGGUGGACAGUGGCCUUACCUUUAAUCUUCCCUACCCCCUGAUCCUUCGGCCCCAGAGGGGAGUGGACCUCAUUAUCUCCUUUGACUUUUCCGCCCGGCCCAGUGACUCCAGCCCCCCUUUCAAGGAGCUGCUGCUGGCUGAGAAAUGGGCACGGAUGAAUAAGCUGUCCUUCCCCAAAAUCGACCCCAAAGUGUUCGACCGGGAAGGCCUGAAGGAGUGCUAUGUCUUCAAACCCAAGAGAGGAGACAAGAGCUGCCCUACCGUCAUCCACUUUGUGCUGGCCAACAUCAACUUCAGGAACUUCAAAGCGCCCGGAGUGCCGCGGGACACUGAAAAGGAGCGUGAGUUUGCCGACUUCGACAUAUUCGACGACCCAGAGACGCCCUACUCCACAUUCAACUUCCAGUACUCCAACCAAGCCUUCACCCAGCUGCACGAUCUGAUGGAGUUCAACACUCUCAACAACAUAGAGGUGAUCAAGGAUGCCAUAAAGGACAGCAUCCUGCACAGGCGUGAGAACCCCUCUCGCUGCUCCGUCUCGCUCUCGCUCAGCGAAAUUGAGAACAAGAAGUUCCUGAAGAGGGACACGGGUGUGAAGCUGGAGCUCCCAAAGAAGCAAUGACGGGGGCAGGGCUGGGACGGGCCACCCCGUCGCCAGAGAGCCGCCCUCUCAACACCGAUGCUGCUGGUCUGGCACUGCACGUAGCAUGGCGCAGUGUUUGGAUUUUAGAAAAAAAAUGUCACCUACCUGUAACGUCUUUCAUGCGCAUCUUUGUUGUAAGAGCAAGGGGUUAAGCUUAAUGCCAGUAAGUCUAUGGGCGGCAUUCCUGCAACACCACAGAGGUGGCCGUGGUGUUUUCAUGGCUGAGUUCAAAAGCAAGGGUUGUCUUGAAGGGAGGGAUUUGGCUCUGCCUUAAGUCUGAAACAGGCCUAUGGUUUUAUGUUGUUGAUGCUGAGCCACACUACAAGGCCUACUAUUAACUUCACAGAUCUGAAAAACUUAACUUAAUCGUAACUUUCAUUUACUUUAUUUUGUCAAUGUCACAGAUAAUGUCUCCUAGACGGUUAAUUUCAGACACUGGGCUGAGUUAAUUUUUCCAAUGCGCUCACCAAAUGCUUUUGGGACCACAGUACAUAUGGCAAUGGUCAGUGUCUAUAACAGACCUAUUUAAUAUCCUAGUCCUUCCUCGAAAAUGCAGAAUCAAAUCCAGGAUUGAACUUCCAAGUUAUAACUGCCAAGUUAUACACCAGCUCUGGAUAACCAGUUCUAAUUGCCUUGGAAAUAGUUUUUGUGGGUUUUUUGUUAUUUGUUUUUUUUUCCUGAAUGUGUUGUUUCAGGUUUCCUGCACAUUAAGGUGGACUCAUUUCCUCCUCUAAUAUCCAAACGGUGCUUGUCUCUGUAAAAGCACAGACAAAAGUCAGGAUGUAACUUCAGCCCUGCCGUUUCCCCUGGGGGGGGGGGGGGGGGGGGGGGGGGGGGGGGGGCAUAUGGCGAUGGGCUGACGUGAGCGUUUCGCAAACCUGCGAAACCAGCGGCCAGACUGGGAAUAUUGAUUUACAGCGCGCAGUGGAAUUUUACGCAGAUCGCCCGCACCUGGAGUUCUCUUUAAGAGAGCUGCGCCGUUAACGCCCUGCUUUCUCUGACAGUGCGAUGACACGGUAGAGUCAUCUCGUAAGCGCGCUGCCUUUACUUUCUCGCUUAUAAUGUACGGCAGUUUCAUUUUUAGAGCAUUCCAUGUUUACCUGAGAGAGCCACACGUCCUCCCAGAUCAUUGCUAGGGAUCAUAUUUAGAUUCUUUCCGAUGUAACCGCUAGAUCUACAACGCCGUUCAUUCAGAAAGCACACUCUUCAGUUUAAGAGAGGUAACUGAGCGAAACAGGCUCAUAUCUGAUCUCUGCUCCCUUUAGAAAAAAAAAAGAUUUUCAGAAGUAUGUUGAUAUGUAGGUUCAAAAUACAUAAACAGUAGAAAAUAUUUUUCAUGUUACAGUAAUUCUUUUAAUUGUACUAUAUUAAGUAA